AUGUAAGCCCAAUACUGCAUAGUCAUAAAAUUUGAUAAAGCUAAUAAUACAUACAAACCCAAUGAUUUCAUAUCUGGGCAAGCCACUGUUAGUUUUUCAGACCCCAAUUAGAAAAGGUUGGAGAUUUCAUCAUUGAAAUGGAGAUCUGAAGGUGCAAUAUCUUGUUAGAAUAAGGAUUCACACAAAGAAUUGUAAAAGCUUAUGCAAAACUAAAAUCCUCAAUUGCUUCAUUUGAAUCAAGGGGAAUUCACACAAGAAAAACAUAUUUUACAAGAGAAAAACACUUUUUAAUUCAAAUAUUAAUUGACCCCUUAUGGAGAUAGUAGAAUAUUGGAAACCUACGUUGGCGUUUAUGUAGCAAUCGCCUACGAAAUUUAAGUGGAAUUAAUAUUGAAUAAUGGUGUUGCAGUUCGAAAUUCUACGCCAUUUUAUGUCUAAUGUAUAGGGGUUGAUAAAGGGGGAGAGCAUAUUAAUUUUAAGGAGCUUCAUUUAAAAUAAGAAUAAUUUAUGAUCACUCCUGACAGACUGCUUGGAAGUUCGAGUGUACAAAAUAAGUAGAAUGCAAAAUUCAAGAUUAAUGGAAUAAUCGAUUCCACUACCUGUUAAUUCUAAGAAGGAUUCAAUGGAACUGUUUGUGUUGAGGAAUGUGAAUCAGAAAUCAGAACAAUAGAUUUGCAGAUGAUUCGAGUUGAGAAAUUCGAAAAUAAAUCUGGGAAGGUACUAGAAGCUACAGAAAUACAAUUGAUAUAGAUAGUGGAUGGAAACAUAACGAAAGGAAUCCAGGUCCCAUUUAAUAUGAUCUUUCCGAAAUUCUUUUCAUGUUCCAACUUUUAAUUCAAAGAGUUCAGUGUUGAUUUCGAAGUGAACUUACUAGUGAUAAUGUUUGAUGGGUUCAAAAUAACUCUCAAUUUUCCAAUACAUAUUAUACGGAAGUGAUAAAUAUAAUUUGCAUAGUAGAUAUAUAUAUAUAUUAUUUAUUAUUA